AUGGUCGAUUUGAUUGGGCUUGCUUCUAUCGGUGGAUUACCUUUUUCGGGUUUGAUUGUAGGUCCGCUUGAUUGUUUGUGUGGGCUCGGCUUUUGGUUUUUUUGGCUUCUAGUUUGGUUGGGUAUGGGUAGUAUUGUCUUUGGGCUUGCCAUUGAGCGCUCUGGUUGUCCCGGCCUUGGGCGGCUCGAUAUGUCUGCCUCCUCUUGGUCUUCUACUAGCCGAUCCGCAUCGAUUGGGCUUCACUAUCCGGUCGCCGAGCUCUUAGGCUCUCGGGUUGAUUUGCAUUUGGGUACUAUCCCUCGGUUGUUUUGCCUUUGGUUGUCCCCUGCCUUGGCUAGCUCAAUAUGUUUGCCUCCUCUUGGUCUUCUAGCUGCUGGUCCACAUCGAAUUACACUUCACCGGACCAGCCUCCUCUGUUGUGUUCAAGCCUCUUUUAUUUGUGGCCUUAGUCUCCUCUCCCAAUCCAUACAGACUUGCUCAUGCUUCGUCUUGCACCGAGCAGUACCGCCGGGUGCUCCUUUGUGUUGGCCUCCCCCUAUGGCUCUCCGCCUAGCUUGA